GGCCAAGCAGAGAGAGCACAGGCCUCAAGGAUGGGAGAAAGAAUAUUUCUGCUAGACUUGUCCAAGCUUCUGUGAAAACUUAGCAUGAAUCACUCUUAGCUUCAAACAACCUUACCUUCCUGAUUUUUAUUUCGCAGUGUAGAAGAGGUGUUUCCUCAUGGACAUUUUCCUCUUAGGUCAAAGCCACUUCCUCUUAGAUUGCAGGAGGCAGGGCUUCUCUUCUCCCUGCAGAGCAGAGUCCAGACCUCCCCAGCACAGACAUUGGCACAAAGCAGACCCCGUGGCCUCCAGGAUGCCCAUUCCUGCCUCUCGGCCCCACCAGUCUCUGUCCUCCUUGCUGCUAACUCUGCUGCUGGGACUCACAGGAGUGACAGGUGAGGAGAACCUGCAGGUGACUCAACCUAAGAAGUCGGUGUUGGUUGCAGCUGGAGAGGCAAUCACUCUGCCCUGCUUUGUCUCCUCUGUGCAACCCAUGGGGCCCAUUAAGUGGUUCAAGGGGACUGGGCCAGAUCGGAAGUUAGCCUACUGUUUCCAAGUAGGCCUAGCCUGUGUACGUCUCUUCCCCUGAGUAAGAAAUCUUACAGACCACACAAAAAGCAACAACAAGAACUUUUCCAUCCGCAUGAGUGACAUCACCCCAGCAGACGCCGGCACCUACUUCUGUGUGAAGUUCAGGAAAGGGAACCCUGAUGAUGUGGAGUUUAAGUCUGGUCCUGGGACGCGAGUAACUGUGAGUGCCAAGCCCUCUCCUCUUGUGGUAUCUGGCCCCUUGGUGAGGAUCACACCUGGGCAGACAGUGAGAUUCACCUGCGAGUCCCAUGGCUUCUUUCCCAGAGAUGUCACUCUGAAGUGGUUCAAAAAUGGGGAUGAGCUUCCAGCCUUCCAGACCAAGGUGGUGCCUCCGGGCAGCAGUGUCUCCUACAACAUCUCCAGCAAGACCCAGGUGAUGCUGACCAGAGAGGACGUCCACAGUCAGGUCAUCUGUGAGGUGGCCCACAGUACCUUGCAGGGCUCUCUUCGUGGGACAGCCAACUUAUCUAACAUCAUUCAAGUUCCGCCCACCUUGGAGGUUACCCAACUCCCCAUUCGAAGGAACCAGGUGAACGUCACCUGCCAAGUGAAGAAGUUCUACCCCAAGACCCUAAAGCUGACCUGGUUGGAGAACGGAAAUGUGUUCCGGACAGAUUCAUCCUGGAUCCCCACCGAGGACAAGGAUGGGACCUAUAACCUGAACAGCUGGAUCCUGGUGAACUCAUCUGCCCACAGGGAGGAUGUGGUGCUCACCUGCCAGGUGGUGCAUGACGGGCAGCCAGCAGUCACAAAAAACCAGACUCUGAAGUUCACUGACCCCCAGAAGGACCAGAGCACAGAAUCAACCUUUGUCCCAGUGCUGUUGACUCCAUUCCUCCUCCUUGGAGGUCUCCUUCUAGGCUUCAAGGCCCUGCUGGUGGUUUGUGUCUCUGCCAUCUAUGUCUACAGGAAGCAGAGGGCCUGACUCUACUUCCUCCGCAGACUGCCCAGCCUGAGACAAGGUGCUAGACGGAAGCUUCCACAGACUCUGUUCCAUGUGCCUCUGAGCUCUGGACACCUGACUGCCCAUACUCUCCUGCUGUUCCUUCCUACAGUCCUUGGUGCCCCAAGGACAGGUCUUAGGAACUGGUUCUGAGGACUGACUCACUCCGGUUCCCUAGAAUAUGAGAAAAAGUCAAGUUUCCUAAACAUAUCAAGUUAUGUGUCAUUUGCUGCUAUGCGAUGAGGCCAUAAACCACAUACUGAAGUCUGCUCUCAAGAAUUCUUCUCAGCUUCUGGAUUUCUGCCCACCCUUGACUUCCCAGCCUUGCCUUCUGAACAUAAAUAGAUCCCUAAUCCUGUUUAAAAAAGAAAAAAUAUUCUCUUCUCCCUCUUUGCCCAAGUGUCCUACUCCUCAAACCCAAAAGAAAUCUCCCCUCCCCUCUCUGUGAUGGGAGUACUAGUUCCUAUAUCAUCCUGUACCCUCCCCUACCCUGUUGCCCAAGGUGCACAUGUUAUGAGUGUUCCAAAAGUUUUUAUACCCCAUACUUUAUUUGGCCUUCAAACUGCUUGUAUCCAGAGAUAGACUUACAAAUGGUUAACAAUUGGCUCUCCAAAAGGAAAAGAAAAAAAGCCUAAUUUGUGGCAUUUUCCAAUUUCUGUGGUGUAAAUAUUCCCACCAAGGCCAAUUUCAAGCCACUAACAGUUUAGCAACCAGAUUGAAAAAUUCCCGAAAAUUUAGCAAUCAGCUUUCAUGAGCCAGUACAAGCCCAGUCCAGCACACCCCUGAGUUAUAUCCAUCCUCUGUACACCUCACCUCCAUCACUACUCCCUCACCCCCGCCACCAUCAUCUCUUCUUGGAUCAUGCUACCCCUAACUGGCUUCUCUAUUUCAGUUUUACUGCUUCAGGAAACCACAAUGAUUCCUUGAAACACGAGUCAGGUUAUAUCAUUCCCCUGUUUCUUCUCAGACAUAUCUACCUGGGUCACUCCCUCCCUUUUUUAAGUCUCUGCUUAAAUGUCACCUUAUUAAAGGUACCUUAUAUAAACUCUGGAAACCCUGCUGGCAUAGUGGUUAAGUGCCAUGGCUGCUAACCAAGAGGUUGGCAGUUCAAAUCCACCAGGUGCUCCUUUGAAACUCUAUGGUGCAGUUCUACUCUGUCCUGUAGGGUUGCUAUGAGUCAGAAUUGCUAUGUCCUAUGAGUCGCUAAGAGUCAGAAUCGACUCAACGGCACUGGGUUUGUUUUUUGUUUUUUUUCUGUAAACCACUCUAUGUAAAAUAUCAAUACCCCCCCUCACCCGGAAUUUCAAUUCCUCUUAACCUGGUUAAUUUUUUUGUCAUAGUACUCUUACCAUCUGACAUACUAAAUAUGAACAGUCUUCACGUUGCAUGGUAGCUGUGGGAUCAUAAAAAUGAGCAUGCAAAUUGAGACUAUGGAAACUGAUGUUUAUAGUCACUGGGAAAAUAGUGCUUGCUUAAUGAGCUUUCAAUUUUUUUGUCAAAACAUUAAAAACAUUCUUACCGUCAGCUAUAAAUGCCUAAAAAAGCAAAACAAAACCCAUUGGUAUCAAGUCGAUUCUGAUUUAUGGAAACCCCAUGUGUUACACAGUAGAGCUGCUUCAUAAAACUUGGCUGUAAUCUUUAUAGAAGCAGCUCUCUGGGCCUUUCUUCCACAGAGUCACUGGGUGUGUUUAAGCAGCCAACCUUUAGGUUAGCAGACAAUCACAAACCACUUGCUCCAUCAGAUAUGCCUACCUAAACCAGAUAUAGAGAAAUGAAAAAAAUAGUAAAAAGAAUAUUUAUUUAAUACAUCAUAAUCUAAAAUUUAGGUGACUACGUUAUAUCAGAUCUUGUUACAGAGGUGAUUACAUCACUACAUAGCUGCCAACCUAAUCAUAACUAACAAACCAUUGGGAAUCAUGGCCCAGCCAAGUUGACCCACAACCGUAACCAUCAGAGGAGGCAACAGAACUCCAUGCUUUGCUGCCUGAGCAUAAAAUGGGUAAGAUUCACAAAUCCUUCACCAACAGACUUUAAAAGGAGUGACCUGAAUGUUCACUGACCACGAUGAGCAUUUGUUAUUUGUGUAGUGAUUUGUGAACUGAAGAGCCAGCAGUGAAGUUUAUACUUUAUGCAAUUACAUCGAAUUCAUCUUGUAGUGAAUUGAAACCAUGUUGUUGGGAGACUGGUAUUAUUUAACUAAACUCUUCUCUUCAAACUUCAUGCAUAUCAGCACCAUGUCAAGGAAGAACUUCCUGUAUUUAAUUGUUUGUUGUCUGUCUUCCUCAAACAGGAUGUAAAUUCUUACAGGGAAGGUAUCCUCAGUGGCAAAAUAGUGACUGUCAUAUAAAAAGCUCUUCAAUAUUUUGUUUAAUAAAUAAAUAAAUGAAAUUUUAUGCAAGACAUUGGUUAAUAUUAGAUGUUGGAUAUCAAAAUAAAAUUAUUUUCAAUUCGAUCACCUGGUUCUUAACUUCUAGAGCUCUUUCUUUAAAGAUUGUUCUCUCUACUUUAAGUUUAAAAAAAUUCCAUCAAAAAUUCAACAUUCUUCAGAAAGUAAGGAAGUGCUCAAACAACAACAACAUAACAAUAACAAAAAAAAAAACCCACAUUGACACAACAACCAAGUAAAGAGUCCCCAGUCACUAAAACUGGAAUAAUUUGAGUAACAAAAUAAAUACAAUACUACUGAAUUACAUCCCAAAUACGUAAUAAAUAUUCAUGAGUUCAUACUGAUGUAAGUGAUUGAAUAAAUUGAUAAAUUUGUGAAAAGAGACAAAUAUCUCAUCCAAAUAUCUAGAAUCAUUUAUGUAGAUACUCCACCCUAAAGGAGAACCAUAACUCCCCAUGCCUUAAGUGUGGACUGUGCUUGCCCUUCCAAAGAGUACAAAAUGGGGGGAGGGGUGUGACUUUACAAUGGAAAAACCUGAUAAACACUACCACAUUCAGGUGAUCAAAGUCCACAUCAACAGUUCUAAAUCACGGUUAUAGUAGGUAAUCUAAAUAUGAUGUGAUGAAAAUAGCACUUUACCUCUUGGGAGAAGAAGAUGUGAAUGUAGAUCAUGAACUCAGUUUUGGAUACCUGAAGCACAGAAAUGAAGGUAUCAAGAAGGUUGUAGGAUAUAUGGGUCUACAUGAUGGGCUCAAGAUUACAUAACUACUAAGAGGUAGAUUCAAGAUUUGAACCUAAAUUGUAUCUGGUUCCAAAGCCAAUGUUCUUGGCCAUUAUGCCACUAAGAAUACCACCCUCCAAAGUCCUUAGAGUCUAAGCGAAAGUGAGGACGUGGGAGGAAGGGUAGAAUGAUGGAAGUUGGAGGAAAAUUUCUGCCCAGUUCUUGGCAGGAGCCUUGGAUGGACCUCCCAGUGUGGGUUUCACCACCCUAGAAAAAUGGAAAAAGAUGCUGAUAUCACAAGGGGAGGGGAAUCUUGUCAUCUCAUCGAGGGUGCUCACUCCCUGCUCUGGCUUUUCCUCUUGUUCUAACACCUAGCUUUGACAUACAGUCUGUCCCUUAGAUGGAGGUGGUAAGGACCAGUUACAGCAACCAGUGCCUGGCUAUGGAUGGUUGGACAUAAAAGGGUCACCAACUGAGUAUCUUUAUGUGUUGGUUAAUUUGGUUGCACUGUGUUGGCUUUCUGUGAUACUGAAACUUUUGCCACCGGUAUUUUAAAUACCAGCAGUUAUCCAUGGUGACAGGUUUCAGCUGAGCUUCCAGACUAAAACAGACUAAGAAGGACCAGGCAGUCUACUUCUGAAAAAAGUAGCCAAUGAAACCUUAAGAAUACCAGCAGAACAUUGUCUCAUACAGUGCAGGAAGAUGAGAACCUGAGGUUGGGAGGCAUUCAAAAUAUGACUGGGGAAGAACUGCCUCCUCAAAGUAGAGUCAACUUUAACGAUGUGUGUGGAUGGAGCCAAGCUUUUGGGACCUUCAUCUGCUAACGUGGCAUGACUCAAAAUGAGAAGAAACAACUGCAAACAUCCAUUAAUAACAGGAAUGUAUGAAGUAUGAAUCUAGGAAAAUUGGAAAUCAUCAAAAAUGAAAUGGAAUGCAUAAAUAUCAAUAUCCUAGGCAUUAGUGAGCUGAAAUGGGUGGGUAUUGGCUAUUUUGAAUCUGACAAUCAUAUGGUCUACUAUGCCGAGAAUGACAAAUUGAAGAGGAAUGGCAUUGCAUUCACUAUCAAAAAGAACAUUUCAAGAUCUGCCCUGAAGUACAACACUGUCAGUAAUAGGAUAAUGUCCAUAUGCCUACAAGGAAGACUAGUUAAUACAACUAUUACUCAAAUUUAGGCACCAACCACUAAGGCCAAAGAUGAAGAAAUGAAGACUUUUACCAACUUCUGCAGUCUGAAUUUGAUGAAACAUGCAAUCAAGAUGCAUUAAUAAUUACCAGAAAUUGGAAUGCAAAAGUUGGAAGCAAAGAUGAAGAAAGAGUAGUUGAAAAAUAUGGCUUUGGUGAUAGAAAUGGCGCCAGAAGUUGCAUAAUAGAAUUUUGCAAGACCAAUGACUUGUUAAUUGCAAAUACCUUUUUUCAACAACAGGAAUGGCGGCUAUACACGUGGACCUUACCAGAUAGAAUAAACAGGAAUUAGAUCAACUACAUCUGCGGAAAGAGACAAUGGAAAACUCAAUAUCAACAGAACAAGGCCAGGAGAUGACUGAAGCAGACCAUCAUUGCUCUUAUGCAAGUUCAAGUUGAAGCUGAAGAAAGAACAAGUCCAGAAGUGCCAAAAUAUGACCUUGAGUAUGUCCCACCUGAAUUUAGAGACCCUCUCAAGAAUAGAUUUGACACAUUGAACACUAAUGACCAAAGACCAGACGAGUUGUGGAAUGACAUCAAGGACAUCAUACAUGAAGAAAGCAAGAGGUCAUUAAAAAGGAAACAGGGAGGUGGAGCCAAGAUGGCGGAAUAGACAGAUGCUUCCUUUGAGCCCUCUUUACAAUAAAGACCUGAAAAAACAAGUGAAAUGAGUAUAUUGUGACAAGCUGGGAGCCCUGAGCAUCAAAGGCAAGCUUGGACAAUGAGCUGAGGGGCAGGGGGAGGAAGAGGCUGUUCAGAAGUGGAGAGGAGUUACCGGACCUGAAUUGUGGGGAGCCCUCAGGCACCAUUUCCAGAGCGGUGGCGGCGGCAGUGGCAGGCUGGUCCUAGCAUUCAGCCUCAGUUUCCUCAGGGAGAAGCAGCCAGCCACACGGCCCACUCACACCUCAGGAACCUAAGGAGAAUGGCGCUCUCGGCAAAAGCUAAGUACUUGUGUAUAUUUUACCACGCCCCCCCACCCGCAAACCAGCUUCAGCGGCUGAAUCUCUACUCCUGAGAUAGACCCUGGUGAGCACCUGGAGCCGUCCUCCCAGCCUUGGGGAAGGAAAAAAUUUGCAAAUGGGGGGAAAAAUAAUUUGCUAGCUCCAUUAACUGGGGGAGCUGAGGACAGAAGCGGCUCCUGUCCAGGCAUAAACCAUCUGUGGACCUUGAGCACCUUUCCCUUCUGCAUGGACCUGUGUGGGCCUAUUUCGGGAGAAUAGGCCCUUGUUAACAAACUCCAACCAUUUCAGCAGAGCAGUGGAGAGGUGGGUAUUUGAUGUUUGACAUUGCUUUGCCUAUUAAACAAGGUCCUCACCUACCCACAUCAGGGACUAAAGGACUGGUAGCUCCACUCAGGUCACCCAGCCACCCGCAACAGAGGUCCAAAGAUAACUGGUACCUCCCAGUCCUUACAAUAAAAACUUUGGGUGCCCAUAGUCCCUCUGCAGAACCCACCCACCAGCAAGCUCUAGGGAACAGAGACACUUUUUCCUCAGAGACACUUGGGGGUCGGUUCUCAGCCCCCUGCCUUGUUCAGAAUGUGACCCCCUGCUGCAAUCAGAUACGGGUCUAUACGCCAAUCACCCCUGCUCUUCUAAGACUGUAGGACAGAGCCUGUACCACACACUUGAUGAUCAGUUACCUGAAACCUGAGCUGAAUUCAUACAAGAAAACUGAAUGGACUCCUAGACUGAUACUAGCCAUCUGGGGACAGGACCCCAGAGCUCCAAAGGUGAAAAUAAUCAAGCUAGCUCACUCAAGCGACCCAUAGGGGUAUACCAAAACAAAACAAAGCAAGCAGCUAAGACACAGUAAGCAAGCAUAAAUGAAUACAGUAACUUAUAGAUGGCUCAGAGACAACAGUCAAUAUCAAGUCACAUAAAGAAACAGACCAUGAUCACCUCAAUAGUCUCUCGAAACAAAGAAUCCAGGGAUCAUCCAGAUGAAAGUGCAUUCCUGUAAUUACCAGAUGCAGAACACAAAAGUUUAAUAUACUGAACCCUUCAAGAAAUCAGAAAGGAAAUGAGGCAAUACACAGAACGAGCCAAGAAACACACAGAUAAAGCAACUGAAGAAAUUAGAAAGAUUAUUCAGGAACAUAAUGAAAACUUUAAUAAGCUGGAAAAAUCCAUAGACAGACAGCAAUCAGAAAUUCAGAAGAUGAACAAUAAAAUUACAGAAUUAGAUAACUCAAUAGAAAGAGGGGCAGAAUUGAGCAAGUAGAAGCUAGAAUUUCUGAACUCGAAGAUAAAUCACUUGGCACUAAUAUAUUUGAGGAAAAAUCAGAUAAAAGAAUUUUUAAAAAAUGAAGAAACCUUAAGAAUCAUGUGGGACUCUCUCAAGAGAAAUAACCAAGUGAUUGGAGUACCAGAACAGGGAGGGAUAGCGGAAAAUACAGAGAAAAUUGUUGAAGACUUGUUGGCAGAAAAUUUCCCUGAUACUGUGAAAGAUGAGAAGAUAUCUACCCAAGAUGCUCAUCGAACUCCACAUAUGUAGAUGUUAAAAGAAAGUCACAAAGACAUAUUAUAAUCAAGCUUGCCAAAACCAAAGAUAAAGAGAGAAUUAUAAGAGCAGUGAGGGAUAAAUGAGAAGUUACCUAUAAAGGAGAGUCAAUAAGAAUAAGCUCGGACUACUCGGCAGAAAUCAUGCAGGCAAGAAGGCAAUGGGAUGAUAUAUUUAAAAAAUUGAAGGAAAAUAAUUUCCUGCCAAGAAUCAAUCAUAUCCAUCAAAACUGUCUCUUAAAUAUGAAGGUGAAAUUAAGACAUUUCCAGAUAAACACAAGUUGAGGGAAUUUGUAAAAACCAAACCCAAACUACAAGAAAUACUAAAGGGAGUUCUUUGGUUAGAAAAUCAAUAAUAUCAGGUAUCGAUCCAAGACUAGAACACUGGGCAGAGCAACCAGAAGUCAACCCAGACAGGG